AUGCCGAGUGUCAAACCCAUCCUUCCUCCUCUCAAGACGCCAAAGACUGAGAUUUACCCAUCGCAACUUCACAAUGGCUCUGCAUCCAGUGUUUCCGACUACAUCAAGCAGGAGGAUCAACCGACUCCUAUUACACCUCCGACAGCCUACACAGAAUUUCUCAAGGCCCUCACACCCGUCUUUACCGGUCCUACGAGCGCUGGUAUCAGCCUUCCAAAAUAUAUCGGUGACAAAUCCUCGAAACCCUCCACUACUACAUCGCCCACGUCUCAACCCGCGAGCGCAUUGAGUGGGUCGACGUUUAGCGAUUCGGUCAGAUCCCCGACUGUAUCUUUGCCACCACCCACACCAAACUCAGCGGCACCAUCCCGAAAGAGUUUCCAUGGUCGCCGCCUUCGCAUCCAGUCGUCGCUGAAGUUCUCGCCGAGCGGAGACUCACCCCGAAGUGCAACACCCCAGAGCGCAACACCUUGGAGCGCGACACCUAGAAGCGCGACAACUCUUCGAUCGCCCUUCUCGCCGUCAGAUUGGACGCUACGCUAUUACGAUUCGCCCCGCAGUGCGAAGCCUGUCAGUGUGAAGCAAGUUGUCACGCGAACUGUGACCUACAAGCGCACUCAGCUUGAAGCACCCCCGAAGGGAAAGCGGCGCAAGUGUCGGGAAGCCCAGGAAGUUGACCGAAAGUCUGGGCUUACGAAUUAUGCUGUCUGA